AUGAGGAUAGAAAACAUGGAGAGAACUGAAUUCAUCAAGAAAGGACUGCAGAAAUAAAUAACUGAAGGGUAAAAUUUCAAAGCCAAAAAGACUAUGUACGAAGAGCUCUAUGAACUGAUUAAAACCAGAGGGAGAUUCAGAGCAAAUAAUGCAGCUUUCUUGUCCAACAUGUUUUGCAAAAAUCAACUGUGCAGAACUCAGAAAUAGAAGAAAUAUGAGUUGAGAGAUGGGAAAUAUAGGUCUAUUAAAGAUUAGUUCGAUUUAGGAAAAAAUUAAGUCAUCAAAGAACUAGACUGUGUUAACAUAGUUAAGAAGCUAAGAAAGCUAGACUAGUUUUUCAAAAUAAUGCUUUCAAAGCCUCAGCAAGCAUUAUUCAAGCACUAAAAGAAGGAAUUAUUAGAUGAGUUCAGUGGAUCUGAGGAAGAUAUAGAGGGUAUUUAGUUUAAAAGUGAAAAAGGACUGCAGAUGAUAGAGCUAUACAAGGCUCUUAAAUUCUACGAAGAAAAGUCUAAAAUAAAUUCAAUUGACAGUAAUAUUUUAUAUGGAGUAGUAUCCUAGAAUCCUCAAGAUUAAAUCAUCAAAAUGAUUAAGAAAAAAAACAUGAAUUAGAGUACAAAGCCAAAUGAAAGCUAUCAAAGAAGAAGAGAGUCAGCAAGAUAGAGAUUAGAUGAAAUCCAAGAAAUGAGUGAAAAAACUUCUACUCUAAAGAAAUCUAAUUAAAGAACUUCUGAAAUUAAACUACUUAAGUCUAGAAGUAAUGAUGAGAAUCAGUAGUUUUUAUCGAUUGAUAUCUAAGAUUCAAAUAAAAUCUUUACUGAAAAGAAGCAGAGAGAACAUAAAAAUCCGGUAAGAGGAAAGUAUAACUCAGAAAAACUAAUCUAAUUAUCUGAAUUCUAAGGACUCAUUAAACAAAAAGAAGAUGUAAUCCUUGAGUCUAUUCCUGAAAAAUCUGAAAGCAGAUCAAGUAAAACAAAGAAAAAGCAAAAGUCUAAUAGGAACGGACAAGGGAAAGUUAAUCACAAAAAGUAUUCAUAAGUAGAACAGAUGUAAGUCAAAGAUAUUGACUUUGAUAACAGGAAGUCAGAGAGAUUGGAUAUUGAGUCAAACAGGUAUCUUAACGAUAAAUUCAUGAUAAGAAGCCACGUCGAGAUUAUCUCUAGCUUUGGAGGUAAUUAGAGAGACAAUAAUAACAGCUACAAUUCCAUUACUAGUGAUGACCAAUAGAGUAAUUUUAAUAAUCUCGAAGCUACCUCAUAGCAAUUAAAGCCAUUGAGAUCAUCACAGAUAAGGCAAUCAGAAACAAUAUCAAGCGGAAGAAGAAAAGCUCCUAAUGAUUGA